UCCCUGCCGACCCCUGGCCCUGGGACAACUCUCCGGCCUCGCCCCCGACGAGCGAUGCCUCGUCCGUACCAGCAGCAGCUCGAUGAGGCGGCGCCGGUGUUGAAGCGGCGCUCAAGCGAGUCGGCGCGACUGGCCAAGUUCGUGAGGACCACUUCGGAGCCGGGAGCCAUCGGCGACAGGCCUAGGACACGACAAGCGAUCGAGCCGGCCGUCUCUGGCCUCAUCGCUGUGCUGCGCGUUCUGCUUCCGCUCUACUGGAAGAUGUACGCUUUUGGGUACAGCGUGCUCUCAAAGCUGCCGACCAAUGCAAUGCGGAUGGUCUUUGGGGCUGCACUGUGCCUCUUCGGCGGCCACUUCUUCGCCUCGGUCGCGGCGAUCGAGGCGUUCCGCAUCUUCGGUUGGGAGCAGCUGCGCCAUCACGUUGGCAUCGUCGUGGCAGAGGCCCAGUCGGUAGCGGACGCGAGCCGGAAGGACAACGACGUGGACGCCGACGAGAACGGCGUAGCCGACGUGGACGAGAUGACGUCGCGCGAGCUGCUCAGACACAAGACGGCCCUCGCCAUGUCCACCGUCCAGGACCCGCAGAGGCUGCAGGCGGCCGCAGGCUUCCUGUGGGCCGCGUACGUGUCUGUGCUCGCGACGCUGCGCCUCGAGUUCGCGAGGACUAUCUCGCUGGCGCUCGCAUGCGCCGAGAUGUUCGAAUUCCCAAUCACGCGCUGCUUCCUCCCCGGGCUGGUCGCCCUCCUCGGCCCGGACCUUCAGCACUGGGGCACGACGAUCAUCCAGUCUGCCCUCGCGCUGGUCACCACGCUCGUCGCCAUCUGGCUGCAGACGGCGAUCAGCGCCUUCUACGCGGCUGUGCGGGGAGGCCGGAUGUUCGCUGAGGGGCUCUUCGCCCUCAUGGAAGAGCACGGCCUCUUCACGGACGCAAAGGGACUGCCGAAGCUGCCCUGCUUCAAGGAGGGGUGGUCCCCCGAGGACUCGACCCUCGAUGAGGCCGCCAGCGCGCCCGUGGUCGGCUUCACGCUCGCCGGCUGCGGCUUUCUCUACCAAGUGACUACUGGAUUCGAGCUCCCGUUCCCUCUGAAUCUCGUCUUCUUGCCGCUUACGGCGGUCGAGUGGCUCUUGCGGUGGCAAAUCUACGUUACUGACGAGGGGUUGCUCCUUUGAGUCGAGUCUCUCGUCGGCUCGGUCGCGUCGUGUCGAGAUAGACUUGGCAUACGCACCGUUCGUGGGAAGGGCAUCACCUUGGCAGGACACUAGCUUGUGCGCGCGAAUGGCCGGAGUGGUGCAUAGAGCUGCCCAGCCGCGCCCGACAGAUCUCUAGCGGACUAGCGCACCACCAGCAGCAGACCAGUGACCACCACCCGCCCAGCCUUGUGCGCAAUGAUGCAACCACUACCAGCCCCCCCAGUGCUACUACGUCAGUACUAACUACGUCAUGAUUGAAGACUCACAUAUACACUCUCUUGUACU